CAACAAGUCAAGAAACCAAAAAACCAUUUCCCUUUUACUAAAGAUCAUAAUCAGGUAGCCCAUCAUACAAAACCAAACCAAGUCAUAUCAGCAGAUUCACCAGGGAAAUCAUGUCAGAACAAAAGCCAACGCCCAAGAUACGUCAUGAAUGGUAUCAGACCGAUGGCGAAGUGGUCCUCGACAUCUUCAUUAAAAACACCAAACCAGAGAAUCUUCAAGUAGACCUUCAGCCGAAAUCCUUGACAAUCAAUUACGCGCUUCAGGCUGGCUCAGAAGGAUGUUUCGCUCUUGAUCCACUCAGGCAUGAGAUUCAAGCCGAUCAAUCUUCUUGGAAGUCUCUCUCUUCUAAAAUAGAGCUUAAGCUCAAGAAGAAGAUAGCUGGAAUCAAAUGGGACGUGAUUGAAGGUGACGGAGGAGCUGAAGUAAUUCCAACAGCUACCAUCCAACCGGUGACUAGAACCGAAGAUCCUCCAAGUGCCUAUCCAUCAUCAUCACGUCGAAAGACAAACUGGGACCAAUUAGCUAAGACGGUUGAUAAAGAGGAAGAAGAAAGUUCCAACUCUAAGGAUCCCAAUGCCGGUGGUGAUGUAGCUUUGAACAAACUCUUUCAAAAACUAUACGGGGACGCGUCGGACGAACAAAAACGAGCAAUGAUGAAAAGUUAUACUGAAUCUAAUGGUACUUCUUUAAGUACAGAUUGGAAUCAAGUCAAGAAAUCUAAGGUUGAAACUCGGCCACCUAGUUCUAUGGAAGUAAAGAGUUGGGAGAAAUGAUGAGUGACAUCUCUUUCAAAUAUAAAGAGUCUCCCAAUUUCUCGGCUUCUCUCAAAAACUUGACGAGUGGAAACAGCAAAAAAGUUGUACUUGUAUACGUGCUUUCUCUCAAUCAUCAUGCUCAACAUAUUAUGCCCUCAGCAUUCAUUUCCGCUCUUUUUUCUGUAUGGAUUGUCUGAAGGUCUCCUCUUGCGUGUAUACUAUAAGAUAUGCAUUCCUACAUACGACAUUGCCUACAGUGGAUUUUAUUAUAUAAUCUCUGAAGAAUAUUGAUCAACAAAAUCAGGCUUCACUUAUCUUAGAAAGUAAUCAUUUGUGGUAAAUAAUUGGAUAUAUUAAUCAAAACAUUCAUUAUUGAUCAAUUG